AUGGGGGACAUGGCUCAGCCCAUGCAUUUCGGCACGGCAGAGACGGACAUGGGUCGCAAUAUCACGGUGCUCUUUCGCGGCAAGACAACGAACCUGUAUGCCGUGAUCAAAGACUCCCCGGGCUUCUGGUGGGGUGGAUGGACACACGUGCAGCGGACACGUGUCGAGCUUCUCGGCCGAACUUUUGAGAUGUCGAGGUACGAAAAGGACAGUGAGCAGUUCAAGCAGGAGCACGAGACGCUUCUGAAAAGGUGGGCGGACGAAUCUGCCAAGUUCAUGUGCGAGAGUGUCUACAGGAAUCCGGUGACUGGCAAGCAGAUCUUAGAUGAGCUGGACUCGAAGGGUGUGUUCAGGCCAGAUCCAGGUUUAGGGUAUUUUGAUAUUUGGGGUUGCUCUGAGGGUUACUGCCAGGGUUGCCACAUGGGUAUGUCUCAGGGUCUAAAAUUUACUAUAAGGGUUCUUUAG